AGCUAUGACUGUUCGCGUUGCCAUGGCGAUGCAGUCUGAUCAACCUCAUAUAGCUCUCCUCCCCAGUGCUGGAAUGGGCCAUCUCACACCCUUCCUUCGCCUCGCCACGCUGCUCGUCCGCCAACACUACCGUGUCACCCUCAUCACCACGCAUCCCACCGUUUCACUUGCCGAGUCUCGUCAUGUCUCCCGAUUCCUCUCUGCUUUCCCUCAAGUCACUCAGCUGCCAUUCCAUCUCCUCCCUUUGGAUCCUUCCACCGCCAACUCCACCGACCCUUUCUAUCUCCAGUUUGAAACAAUACGUCGUUCAGCUCACCUUCUCUCCCCUCUCCCCGCAACGCUUUCACCUCCUCUCCAUGCCCUCAUCUCUGAUGUCAGUUUGAUUUCUUCUGUCAUUCCGGUGGCUGAAACCUUGCAUCUCCCUAACUACCUCCUCUUCACGUCAUCGGCCAGAAUGUUUGCUUUUCUUCUCAUACUUCCCAACCUUUGCAUCCAAAGCUGGUGAUGAUCCUGCCAAGUUUGGUGAUGUUAAAAUUCCAGGUUUUACGCCAAUACCAAGAUCGUCAUUCCCUCCUUUGCUUCUUAUCCCAGACAAUCUCUUUGGUAAAAUAUUCAGGGAAGACGGUCGUGAAGUUAAUAAAUUAAAUGGGUUUUUGGUCAAUACCUUUGAAGGACUUGAAGCAGAGUCACUAGAGACGCUUAAUGGUGGAAAAGUACUCAAGGGCUUGCCCUCUGUAUUUCCGGUCGGACCUUUCCCGCCGUGCGAGUUUGAGAGAGAAGAUUGUGGCGAUCAGUUGAAGUGGCUCGAUGAGCAGCCAGCAGGGUCGGUGGUCUAUGUUAGCUAUGGGAGUCGGACAGCAAUGUCCAGGGAUCAAAUAAGAGAGGUAGGAGAUGGGCUAAUUAAAAGUUGGUGUAGGUUCUUGUGGGUGGUAAAGGACAAGAAAGUUGACAAGGAGGAAGAAGAGGGCUUGGACGAGGUCGUGGGGCUGGAGCUAAUGGAGAGAAUGAAGGCAAAGGGAUUGGUGGUGAAGAAAUGGGUGGACCAAGCACAAAUACUUGGUCACAGUUCUGUGGGAGGAUUUGUGAGCCAUUGCGGGUGGAACUCAGUGAUAGAGGCUGCUUGGCAUGGCGUGCCAAUUUUAGCCUGGCCCCAAAUUGGGGAUCAGAAGAUUAAUGCAGAGCUGGUGGAGGUGAGUGGGCUUGGCAUGUGGGUGACGAGUUGGGGUUGGGCUGAAGAGGUUGUGGUAAAGGGGGAUGAAAUUGGAGAGAGAAUUAGAGAGAUGAUGGGGAGUGAAUUGUUGAGAGGGCAGGCUGCGCGCAUCAGAGAAGAGGCAAGGAAAGCUUUUGGAGAUGGUGGAAGCGUUGGAAUAACAUUUAAGCAACUUAUUGAAGAGUGGAAGGCGAGCAAUGAGAGCAUUUAAGGGCCAUGGCCAUGGAGCUUCUGAUUAAUUGUAACCUGUUGAAGUGUAAACAAGUGCUGGGAUUAUUCCGCAUCUGCCUUUCGGAGUUGUAGAGAAUCCCAGUCGAUUAUGCUUUCAAGUCAUUGCAUUUAUCUCCCCUUUAAGAAAGAAUUGUUCCUAGGAAAUGUUGGUCCAUUUGAAUUGAGUACGGAUGCGGUGUCUUAAACUCAUGGUAUCAUAAUUCCGGUUAAUCUAUAUCUUUUGAAUAUCGAAUUCAAAUUGUUUUCGAGUCUUGUUAUAUGGUACUACCUUCAGAAAGAUUCGUUACUUUCAUCAAUAGAGGCAAGCAUAUGAUGUCCAGCCAAAGCUUGCACCAUAGUGACUGAAAAUAAGAAUGGCAGUGGUCUGUUUUUGCGAAUGUUUCGGGGUCCAGUGAUUCAAGAAGGCAGCACUUUGUCUACUUCUCUUUGAAACAAAACACUCUGCGGUCAUAUGCUAUACGCCAGUUUCCAACUCCCCGUCUUGCAGCUUCAGGCCGACAGGUUAUGGUGAAAAAUUUUCAACCAAUAAGUGGACGCCACGUGAGCAUACUUACUGAAUCUCAUCGCUUGGUAUCCACCGUAUGUUUUUCCCUCCUCAUUAUCCAUUUACUCAGCCAGAGAGAGGGAGAGAGAGCGAGCGAGAAGAGAGCUAUGGUUUCCUCUUCAUUGUCUCCUCUCUCCCACUCUCAAUUUUCAUCCACCAACUUCAACAUCUGUGAGACACCCACUUGCCGUCAAAGGAAAACCCAAAUUGGGUGCGCUGUAAAACCCACAAUUUCUGGUUCUUCUUCUUCUUCUUCUCCCUCUUCUUCUUUACCUUUCUGCCGAGUUCUUCAAAAGUCUCUUCCUCUUGCUGCUUCUGCUGUUCUUCUCUGGUCAAGUCCAGCUAAAGCCGGAUUUCUGUCCGGGUCCACUGGAAUAGAAUCAGUUCCUGGUCCGAAGUUACCUGAAAUUGAUUUUCUCAACCGCUUUAAUGAAGAAAACCAGAAGAAAUAUGCGGAAGCUGAUGCAAGAUUCAAAUCAUCUCCCCUGCUCAAGGAAUUCCUUGAGAGGUCGAAGAUAAACAAAGAAAAGAACCGUAAAGAAACCCAGGACAAAUACUGCAUACGUGGGGCAGAAUGGGGUGUGGGAGAUUGUUCAGCUGAGGCGAUGUCUCCUGAGGACAAAGAGAAGUUCAUUUCAGAACUGAAGGAGAAGGCUGGAGUGAAAUGAAUGAAACAGCUGUAGGUAAUGUUUUCUUGGACUGGCAGCAUGGGUAAAUCUACCUUGUAAAAUCACAUUUUGGGGUGGUUUCUUACAACAGGAUAGAAUACGCGUCCAUUCUUCUUUCGAUUAUUGUUUUGAAUGUAAUCAGUUGGUAUACUUUAGUUGCUUCUUAGGCUGGUUGAGUGACAGAAACAAUAACAUAUGCGACGACUGAACAUUGUCUCUUAAUGAGGCAAAUUUCAGUUCAAUGCCUCCUUUGGGUGUUAAAUUCUUUUUGGAGGACAGAGCUCGACGCUCGUAAUUGUUUAGGUGAUCUGAUUACCAAUGUAAGAAAAUAAGUAGAACCAUAUUAGAGCA